UGAACUGGGAAAGCUAUUCCCCUAUCGUCCUGUUUCCAUAUCCUCUUUCCCUCCCAUUAUAUAAAUCAUUGUUGAGUCUACGAAUGGUCUCAAGUUUCAUUCAAGUCUCUGCAACAUGGGGAAUUCCAUGGGUGGUUUCAUGGGAAAAGGGUUGCCAUCCACACAGAUGUUAAGCAUUGUGUUUAAAUCACUUUACGAGCAGUUCACAGAUGAAGAAAUCAAAGACUUCGACGAUUUCCAUGCUGCUAUUCUUGAUAUCUUGACUGUUAUAAACUCAGCAUUGCCUGGGAAACAUUAUGAUGCUCCUGCUCGCAGUGAAGUAGAGAGAUGUUUUCAAGAAUGGUGCAACGAAGAAGAUCCAGCAAAAAAGAAGGAGGUGUUUGUUAAGUUUAUUAAGAAAAUAAAGCUUAGCAAGCUGGAUAACACUACUAUGAUGACUGGAAUAAUAACCCCUCCGGCAGCCAUGGCAGCCAAGAAAGCGGGAGAAUUUCUGCCUCAUUUGAGUAUGAUUAAGGCCAUUCCUGAUGUUAUAUUUGUACCGUCUGUUACCGUGGCUGCCCUAGUCAUUUCCAAGCUCUCCAGAAGGCUACACCAGCGGAGCGUGCGGUCCCAACCCAACCGAGCCGAGCCCUCUAAUGUGCAUGAGAUUCAGCCUGUGGCAGAGCAAAGCACACCUCCUUGUCCUCCAGAUUAAAAUUAAAAUGAAAAGAGAAAAAAAAACAAAUGGAAAGAGGAAAAUUGGGUUUUCAAAGCUUGCCUCACUCAAGCUCUUGAAUCAUUAUGAAAAAACAUGUGAAUAUCCUAGGUUUUAUAUAAAAUUGUAAUUUACAAAGCUAAUGCCAGUUAACACUAUGGUAAGUGUAUAUGCGUGCUGUUGGGAAGGGAUUUUAAUAGCUGAGAUGUUGUUUACUUUCGUAAAA